CUUAAAAGUAGUUAGCGAGCUAGCGUGUAGGGAGAAAUAGCCUACUUUCGCCUUUUACUGAAAUACUCUUCGGAAACGAAAAAAGUUUACAUCUGAAAAUAAAUCCUGAAAACCCUCAGUUGAAGACCUUUUUUGUCAUCGUGUCCCGACCCGUGAGUCCCGCUCCAGACGAAAUAGCGCUCGCGACAGGAGGUGGUGGCGAUCCAAGUGCAGCUGGAUGUGACAGGUUCGUCAUCAGAUCACUGACAGAAAGUGCCUUGUGAGACGACACCCCUACUUGAAGACAGAUCCCUUGGCGUUUCUGCAGAGCUCCCGACUUUUUCUCUCACUGCAGUCGUGACAGGACACAGCUCAGAGGAACUUCGAGGUCAAAAUACUGUGUUGUUGGCCAAGGUGCCAAAGAGUAGGUACGGAGGAGGUCUAAACAAUAGAAAGCCAUUUUGUGUUGUCCUAAACUGUGCCAUUGCACCUUAAAAUAGCACCCCUUUUGCAUCUCAACAUCCACGCUCGCACAGAUAUCAUCACUCAUACAGAGGGACAUUUGAGGACGUUGGUACAACCAGUCGGGCUUGUCUCUGAGCAUGUCCCCUCUGCCUUGUCAGAGGUCUGCACCUGAGACUAUCUGAUUGAUGAACAAUUAGUUGUUUGAGUGACAAACACAACCACAGCAGUGCAGUCCCAUGCUCGGGUCACAGAGACUUUGCCAGCCAUUACCUCCACGUUUCUGCCCACAAGGACAAACUUAAUCCACUGACCUGAAGCAGAACAUUUUAGCUACAUGUCCCAUCAGUUUUAGUCCGUUGUGUGUUUAUUUAUUAAUUUUUUUUGUACUGGAACAUUCUGAAACACGUCCUCAGAGGAUUGUCUCCUCCUUAAACCAAGUGGCUCCACUCCACUCCGGCUCCUCAGCCAGCGCUGCUGACAUGGCUCUAAACAUUGCCUCCAUACGGGACACAAAAUGGCUGACCCUGGAAGUGUGCCGGCAGUUUCAGAGGGGAACUUGCUCUCGCAGCGAUGAGGAAUGCAAAUUUGCACACCCGCCCAAAAGCUGUCAGGUGGAGAACGGGAGGGUGAUCGCCUGUUUUGACUCAUUAAAGGGCCGUUGCACGCGAGAGAACUGCAAAUACCUCCACCCGCCCGCUCACCUGAAGACCCAGCUGGAGAUCAAUGGGCGAAAUAACCUGAUCCAGCAGAAGACAGCGGCCGCCAUGUUGGCUCAACAGAUGCAGUUCAUGAUCCCAGGAACCACCAUGCAGCCUGUGACGUUUCCAGUCAGCCAGGGCUUGGGCUCCAGCGCCGGUCUGAGCUACACACCCUACUUGACUCCGAUGUCCCACAGCAUGGGCCUUGUGCCCACAGACAUCCUGCCCAGCACGCCCGUCAUCGUCCCCGGCAGCCCGCCCGUCUCAGUUACCACCGGAUCUUCCUCCAACCAGAAACUGCUGCGUACCGACAAGCUGGAGGUUUGCCGCGAGUUCCAACGGGGUAACUGUGCCCGCGGCGAGACCGACUGCCGCUUUGCCCACCCGAGCGACAGCCCCAUGAUUGACACCAGCGACAACACGGUCACCGUCUGCAUGGACUACAUCAAGAGCCGCUGCUCCCGCGAGAAGUGCAAGUACUUCCACCCCCCAGCCCACCUGCAGGCCAAGAUUAAGGCCGCCCAACACCAGGCCAACCAGACAGCUGUGGCUGCGCAAGCCGCUGCCACAGCUGCAGCCAUGACUCAGUCGACUGCCAAAGCAAUGAAGCGACCCCUCGAGGCAACUGUAGACCUGGCGUUUCCCCACGGCGUCCUCCAGCCCCUACCAAAGAGACCAGCACUUGAGAAGAGCAAUGGAGCAAGCUCCCUGUUCAACCCCAGUGUUUUGCACUACCAGCAGGCGCUGGCCAACGCACAGCUCCAGCAGCCCGCUUUCUUUCCCACAGGGUCAGUCUUGUGCAUGACUCCUGCUAGCAGUCUUGUCCCAAUGAUGUACAGUGCUACGCCUGCUACUGUCUCUGCAGCAACAACUCCUGCCACAAGUGUCCCCUACGCAGCAACAGCACCAGCCAAUCAGGCCAGCCGUGCGUGCACUUCCCGUGACUCACCGUCUCUUCCUGUAAUUGGCAUGCAGCAGCAGUAGCAGCAGGAAGCAGAGCUGCUCUUUAAAGAUGCAUGUGGGACAAGGAGCUGGAGAAACACUGACGUCAGCCCUUGCUGUCUGUCUCCGUCUGUCCCUCUCUUGUUCUCCCCCCUCCCUCCCCCUCGUUGUGCAUAAAAAUGAUUCCAGCUAGGAGACGGUUAACACUUUGAAUCUGGGCUGCGUACAAUCCAAAUCCUCGUUUACUACCGCCAUCCCCUCUGAGAAUAAAAAGCCCAGUCUUAAUUCAAUAGCACACCAUUGUUGCUGGAAACACCCCCUCAGCCCCAAACAUGAGCAGCUGUAAAUCCUGAUGCAUUAGCAUUAGCAUCUCUUAAAAAUGACCUGCCCUCUAACUCUAAUAUUCUUGAGUGAAUUAUUAUAGUCAGGACAAUAAUUUGACAGAGUGAGGUCUGUUUAUCUCCAAAUGAAAUAAUCUAAAUGUGAUUGGAAGGUUUCUGUAAUUAGGUAUUGCCAGACAUUUACAAUUUAAGGUAGAAAAAUAAUGACACAUAGGACGUAAAACUCUCAUACUGGGACAGAAUGAUGCUCAAGGGUCCAGAAUGUGGUCCAUCCUCAUUUUGACAUGAUUAGUAACCAAUCACACAUUUUCAUGUCCCAGUUUAUAUUAACCAUAUAGCAUGGAGUCUCCAGUGAUGCUACUGCUCUGAGAUUAAGCUACAGCACCCUCUACUUUCGACAUGUGGCAUUACAUUACCUGUUUGAAGGAUAGCCGUGCAAGGCAUUUAGCUCUGGGGAGAAAUAGUAGACCACUGGUUUGGCUGUUUAUCAAUAUUUACCCCACCCCCCGAAGGAGAGGCAGGGGGUAUUGUUUUUGGUUGGGUUUGUUUUGUUGUUUCUUUGAUUGUUAACACUUUAGUAG